AUGUCCGGAAGCAAUUUAGAGGCCGAGGGAAACAAGAGUUCCAACUGGGAACGUAUUGAGAUGCUUGAGGGGCAUACUACAAAAGUCGUGGACGUUCUUGGUGAGGUCAGCACUACUAUGGCCAAACUAAGGAUGGCUUUGAAUGCUAGUAGCCGUGAGAGUGAAGAAAAUAUGAGAGCCAUGGAUGCCAUGAGGAGAGAAACACGCAAAAGUAUAGAGAGACUUGAGAGAAGACUUAUUGAGGGUCGAGAGCAACAUCAUGAACCGAAUGGACAAAUACUAAACACAGACAACAUCAUGGUUGCUUAUGAGCUCCUCCAUACUAUGCAAUCUAGGCAAAAGGGAAGAGAAGGCAGCAUGGCUAUCAAGCUAGAUAUAUCUAAAGCAUAUGAUAGAGUGGAAUGGGAAUUUCUGCAAACAAUGCUCACUAAGCUAGGAUUCAGUGACAAAUGCAGGAAACUAAUCAUGGCUUGUGUUAAAUUUGUUUCUUACUCAGUAGUUGUGAAUGGGAUCCCAGGAGACAUCAUUUGGCCAACAAGAGGAUUAAGGUCAAAGGUAGAGGAAUGGACCAUCAAUGUCCAUUUGUUAAAAAUCUAUGAAGUAGCAUCUAGACAAACCUUGAACUGGCAGAAAACCUCCAUCCUAUUUAGCUCAAAAACUAAUGCUACUGCAAAAGAGUGCAUUUCCCAACAUGCUGAAGGUGUAAUAUGUGACAACUACAAUGAAUAUUUGGGUUUGCCCACCAUGGUAGGAAAAUCCAAGUAUAACACAUUUAUUGGCCUAAAAGAAAGGAUUUGGAAAAGGAUAAAUAGUUGGAAGAUCUCAUUUCUAUCCUCUGCAGGGAAGGAAAUCAUGAUCAAAAGUGUACUGCAAGCCAUACCAGCUUACACAAUUAGUGUAUUUAAAUUGCCAAAGAUGCUUCUCAAAGAAAAUGAAACUAUGAUUGCAAAAUUUUGGUGGAACCAGAAAAAGGAAGGUAGGGGUAUUCAUUGGAAAAGCUGGAACAAACUUGGAUUAGCAAAGGGCAUGGGGGGCCUAGGAUUCUGUGAUCUCAAUUGCUUCAAUAGAGCUCUAUUAGCAAACAAGGGUGGAGAAUUUUACAGGAACCCUCAUCAUUGA